UAGUUGUUUUGUUGGUAGUAGUAGAAGCUUUCAUUGAUUUUCUAUAGUCUUUUUUAAUAUUAGAAAUCUGGUUUCAAUUACAAAGUAUUUAUCAAACUAUUAACCAUUGCAGGAUGGAAAUGGCUUCGUGUUCAACUUUAGACAUUUUGAGUAAUCUGCCAGAAAAUUUAGUAGAAAAAAUCUUUUUGCAUUUGUCAACAAGAGAUGUGGUGAGGACCAGCGUCCUUUCAACUAAGUGGAGACACAAAUGGAUUUCAGUUCCACAUCUCAUAUUCAAUGAUGAAUGUAUACCAGUUUCUGUUGGUUCACUUGGUCAUGAUAAACUUGUGAAAAUUGUCAAUCAUAUUCUCCUACUUCAUAGAGGCCCAGUUCUGAAAUUCCAUAUCUCUAAUUCGCAGUUAAAAUCCUGUUCAGAUAUAGACAGCUGGAUUCUUCACCUCACGUUAUUAAAUUCUGUCGAAGAAUUUGAACUUCAGAUUUCAAAAUCGGUGUGUCAUGUUGUUCCUCCAUGUUUAUUCUCCUUUGGACAUCUGAUUCAGUUAAAACUUAUUGGCUGCAAAAUCAUACCUCCUGUGACAUUCAAAGGCUUUAGUUAUCUCAAAAGUCUGUUUUUUAAAAAGGUUACACUCUCUAAUGCAUCAUUGGAAUGUUUGCUUUCUACCUGCCCUUGGCUUGAAAUGUUGUCAUUGAUUGAUAUUGAUGGUCCGACUCAUGUUGAAAUUCGUAAUCCAAAUCUCAAGUAUUUGUUGUUCGAUGAUAAAUCCAUUGGUAUAUCCCUCAAAGAUUUGAGACUUUUAGUUUAUGCAAACCUUUGUGCAAUAAAUGUGGCUCAUUCUGACCAACAAGGAACUUGCAAUUUUAUCAACAAUCUUGGCUCUCUGCUCAAUAUUCAAAAGCUUGUCAUGAAAGGCUGGUUUCUAGAGUCCUUAGCCGUUGGUGAUGUGCCGAGGAGGCUUCCUUUUACUUUUGAUCAUUUGAAGAGCAUCUCCUUCCCAUUAAACGUGGAGGAUAUGAAAGUGAUUUUAGUUGCUAUAUGUUUGUUGAAUAGCUCCCCUAAUUUGCAAGAGCUUGAAAUCUUGCUCCAUCGUAAUAGGGAAUAUGCGAUUGUUCCUGUCAUGGAUCUCCAAGAAGCAAAGGAUCAGUUGGAGUGUACAUUCAACAAACUCCGGGUUGUAAAUAUGUCCAAACUUUUUGGCACAGAAAUUGAAUUGGUACUUAUUAAAUCUAUCCUUGCCAAUUCACCCGUGCUUGAGACAAUGAGUAUCAGUACUACGACUAAUGGCGUUAAAAAAUUAACAUUGUUGAAAGAGUUGCUUCAAUUCAAAAGAACUUCACAACGAGCGAAAAUUGUGCACUUGGAUUGAAGUGACCC